AUGGUGCAUCCAUACUUAUGGGUCAUUAUUGUCGGUGGGAUCGUUUCGUUCCUCACCGGCUGUGGUGUUGGUAUGAAUGACCUCGCGAAUUCCUUUGGUACAACGUAUGGCUCGCGAGUGCUCAACCUGUGGCAAAUUGUUAUACUCGCCUCCAUCUGUGAGUUUGUGGGUGCCGUUUCUCUUGGGUCUGAAGUAACCUCAACAAUAUCAGGUGGUAUUGCGAAUCCAAUGACAUUUGCAAAUGAACCAUAUGUGCUGAUGUACGGUAUGAUGUGCGCAUUGAGUGCAACCUUCAUUUGGUUGUUAUUCGCCACCAUGAUGAGCCUUCCCGUGUCUUCAACUCAUAGCAUUGCGGGUGCUAUAAUUGGUUUUGCGCUUGUGUACGGUGGUUUUGGCGCUGUUUCCUUUGCUAAGAAGAUCGAUGAAUUUCCGUAUGUUACUGGCGUCGCCCCGAUCAUUGCGUCAUGGUUCAUUUCACCAAUGUUUGCUGGCGCAGUGGCUGCGUCGCUGUAUGCAUUGUUGCGGCUCGUUGUACUGCGCCCUGCCAACUCCGUGAACCGCGCUUUGUUUGCCCUUCCAUUAAUUGUCGGAGUGACAUUUUUCCUGGAGUCAUUCUUUGUGCUAUUUAAGGGAGCUAAGGCUCGCUUACACUGGGGACCUGCGAAGGCGUCAUGGGUUGCUGCCCUCAUUGGACUUGGGGCUGCCUCCAUUUCUGCGGCUUGUAUCCCACUUCUGAGACGCCGUGUGAGGUUGAUAACUGAAAGAGCUGAGCGGGAAAGGGCUGAAACAGGGAUGAAUACCGCGCCGGAAAUAUCAGGAGAUGCGGGUGCCAUAUCGGAGAAUGCUGCUGGAGUGGGGGCAGCGGUGGAAGGUCCUGUUGAUACUGCGAAUCGCAUAGUCCCACCAUCGAGCGAGCCAACCAGCGACUCUCCAACAGCUAAAGAAAACCCUGCAAAUAAUGCCAGUGGACUGACCACACCGGGUGUCGUUGAUGAAGCAUUGAAAUUUGAUGUGCAAAUAUAUGAUGAACGUGUGGAGUAUGUGUUUCGUUACCUUCAGGUAUUUACGGCUGCUUGUGCAUCCUUCGCACAUGGUGCCAACGAUGUGAGUAACGCCAUUGCCCCAUUUUCCGCCAUGUACUCCAUUUAUAUCAACCAACAAGUGGUAGAAGAGAACGAUGUACCAUUAUGGAUAUUGGUUCUUGGUGGAGCUGGGUUAGUGGUUGGUCUCGCGACGCUGGGUGUUGGAAUCAUGCGGUUGCUUGGGGAACGCAUUACGAAGAUUACUCCUAGCCGUGGGUUUUCAGCAGAACUUUCCGUUGCUCUUGUCGUGUCACUGUGUUCCGCCUUCGGUAUUCCCGUCUCUUCAACACACUGCAUCACAGGUGCUGUUGUGGCUAUCAGUAUUAUGGAUUGUGGAUUCCGCAAGGUGCGAUGGAUGAUGGUUGGGAAAAUGUACCUCGGAUGGAUAUUCACUCUUUUGAUAACGGCUGCUAUAUCUGCGUUACUCUUUGCACAAGGUAUAUAUGCCCCGAGUCUCACCUCGCAGUAA